CUUCGAUUGUUGUUCUUUUUGAGGCUGGUUAUCUAUAAAAGAGCCAUCAAGGGAUCCACCGAUAGCCAGUCCUUGUUUCAGGAAGCAAACAUGAUGGCAACGAAUAGGUUCCAGUUGAUGGUCCACCUGGCAGUGCUGCUCAUCUUACCGUUUCUGACAUCUGCUGGAGAUGUUACCAAGCAAUGUCCACAAAUGGGUAGUUUGAACACCUUUUACUCUGGCUCUCACUGCUACUAUGUCUACUCGGCCACAACUGGAGAAAAUGCCAAAACUCGAUGCUGCAAAGACAAGAUGAGCCUCCUUUGGAUCAAAACGCAGGCUGAGCAGGAUUACGUCACUUCAGAGGUUAUGGGAAGCGCUGGUACCAACUCCUUAUGGGUCGGCGUUAUAAAAGAAGGUUCCAAGAAUAUGUGGAAGACUUGCGGUUAUAAUUUUGGGGAAAAUCACGGUAACUGGACUGGCAUUGGUGUUAAGCCAUUAUAUGCUAUGAUAACCGUGAGAAGAAGACAUGUCUAUUAUGAAUAUGAGUGCAGCAUAAAUCUUCGGUUACCUGUCAUCUGUAAAACUAAUCCUUGCUAUCCAAAUCCAUGUCAUAAUGAUGGUACGUGUAUGCCACUCGGUAUUGAGUACAAAUGCCUCUGUAAAGGAAAUUUUACUGGUACUAACUGCAACAGAAAUAACGCUUGUGCUGGCAAACCUUGCAGGAAUGGUGGAACUUGUAUUGUUGAUGGCUAUGAAUAUAAAUGCAAAUGCCCGGCUCCAUAUUUUGGCAAGAAUUGUGAAGAAAUUGAUCUGUGUGCACAGAAACCUUGCCUCCAUGAGGGUACCUGCUAUAUCGUCGGUGGUACCGUGAAAUGUACCUGCAAACCUGCUUAUGUUGGGCCCAGAUGUGCCACAUAUGAUGUUUGCUAUGAUCAACCUUGCGUGAAUGGUGGAACCUGUAUCCGUCAUGAACACAAAUAUGAGUGCCAAUGUUUAAAGGGUUACAGUGGAAUCAACUGCCAAACAUAUUCAGCCUGUUAUGCACAUCCUUGCCUAAAUGGUGGUACUUGCAUUGCUGUGGGUUUGAAAUUUACCUGCCAAUGCCGAAUUGGAUAUAAGGGCGAAGUCUGCAGUGUCUAUGAUGCUUGUCACUCUUCUCCUUGUUUAAAUAAAGGAAUUUGUCGAAGCAUUGGAAAUGAAGAUUAUAAAUGUUCCUGCCAACCUAAUUUUAGUGGCAAACAGUGCACCGUUUUCAACUACUGUUACUCGGAUCCUUGCAACAAUGGUGGAACCUGUAUGACCACCGACACUUCUUAUACAUGCAGAUGUAGAGAUGGUUAUCUUGGCCCUGACUGUUCUACAUAUGAUUAUUGCUUUACUAAGCCCUGUAAGAAUUCUGGAACUUGCUAUGCGGUUGGCAAUACCUACAGAUGUAACUGUGUUCCUACCUACACUGGUCCCACUUGUGAGACACGUAACUACUGUGAAAACAGCCCCUGUUUGCAUGGUGGUAUCUGUACCAACCAUGGCAGUGGUUACACCUGUAGAUGUACUUACCAAUAUAGCGGGCAACAUUGUGAAACUUUCAAUGCCUGCUUCAACUCACCUUGUUUGAAUGGUGGAACCUGCAAGACCCAUGAGUAUACCUAUCGGUGUGACUGUCCAUCUGGCUUCACUGGUCAUCGAUGCAACGUUUAUGAUGCUUGUAUCUCUGAUCCCUGUAUGAACAGUGGUACCUGUAUCAACGUUGGCAAUGACUAUACCUGCAUCUGUCCUAUUGGAUACAUUGACAAUCACUGCAACGUCUUUGAUGUUUGCAACAAACAACCUUGCAGAAAUGGUGGAGUUUGUAUGAAGAAGGGCUCUGUUUUCUCAUGUAUUUGUAAAAUUGGCUUCAAAGGAGACCAAUGCGAAAUCUAUGAUUACUGUUCGACAAAACCAUGCAGAAAUGGUGGGAAAUGCAUCGCUAAAGACUACGCUUACCACUGCGAAUGCACCACAGGUUACAGUGGCAAUAACUGCGAAUACUUCGAUGUCUGUUAUUCUGCCCCCUGCCAGAAUGGUGGUACCUGUAUGAUGAUUGGCAACAGAUUCCAAUGUAUUUGCACUCCUGGGUAUGAAGGAGACCUUUGUUCUGAAAUCAAUGUUUGUGAUCCAAACCCCUGUUUCAACGGUGGUACCUGUAUAUCCAACGGCAACACAUAUUUAUGUAUUUGCCCAACUGGCAGCACUGGUCAGAAGUGUGAAGAAUUCAAUCCUUGUCUGUCUAAUCCUUGUAAGAAUGGUGGAACAUGUACCAAUGAUGGCAUUAAAUAUCAUUGUACCUGUGUGAAUGGUUUCUUUGGAGUUCACUGCACAAACUAUGACACCUGCAUUUCCAAUCCUUGUCAAAACGGUGGUACAUGUGCAACAGUCGCCAAUGGCUUCAGAUGUGUCUGUGCACCUGGCUAUUGUGGAACCUUGUGUACAAACUACAACCCCUGUUACGAAGAGCCAUGUAAAAACUUUGGAAAAUGUAUCUCUCGCGGAAGACACUAUGAAUGUUCCUGUAGGAUGGGAUUCUCUGGUACCCACUGUGAUGAAUAUAAUCCCUGUCAUUCAUCCCCAUGCAGAAACCGAGGUGCCUGUACUAGUAUGAAUACCACUUACAGUUGCUCAUGUACUUCAGGUUAUAUUGGAAAGCAAUGUACAGUGUAUGAUUCUUGUUAUUCUAACCCAUGCAAAAACAAUGGACUGUGCAUCAACAGAGGCAGAAAAUACUACUGCAGUUGUGAAGUAGGUUAUACAGGAGAUCUCUGCCAAACAUAUGACGCUUGUUAUUCAAACCCCUGCAAAAACCGAGGUAUCUGCAAUUGCAACGGCGACAUGUUCAACUGUACCUGUUACGAUGGAUUCACAGGUAGAAUGUGUGACCAAUAUUCCGCCUGUUAUUCCAACCCCUGCAAGAAUGACGGAACCUGCCAAGAUUUUGAGGAAUCUUUCAGAUGUGACUGCAAACCUGGAUAUUCUGGACCACUCUGCACCAAAUUUGAUGCUUGCCAUUCCAAUCCUUGUCUCCACGGUGCCACAUGUGUCAACAACGGCUACAAAUUCACCUGUGUUUGUGACAGUGGUUACUACGGAAUCCGUUGCAGCAACUUCGAUGCUUGCAGUUCUAAUCCUUGUCACAAUAAUGGUAUGUGUUCCAAACAAGGUCUUUCCUUCGUAUGUUCUUGCAAAGAAGGUUACACUGGAGCCCAGUGCACAGAAUUUGAUCCCUGCUAUUCUACCCCUUGUUUGAAUGGUGGAUCCUGCUCAAAGACUGAAAGUGGUUACCAAUGUUCUUGCAAUGAGGGAUUCAGUGGACACAGAUGUCAAUCAUUUGAUGCCUGCCACUCCAAUCCUUGCCGGAAUGGUGGAACAUGCCAGACCUCUGGUUCAAACUACAAAUGUAUCUGUGCUGCAGCUUACAGUGGAAAAGUAUGCACUGACUUUGACCCCUGCUAUUCUCAGCCUUGCAAGAAUGGAGGUUCCUGCUCCAGAGUUGGUGAAAACUACAAAUGUUAUUGUACUGCAGAAUACACUGGAAAUGAAUGUACAGAAUAUAAUGCCUGUUUCUCAUCUCCAUGCCAAAAUGGUGGAACUUGUACCAAUACUGGCUACUCCUUCACUUGCCGCUGUCAAAUCAACUAUUCCGGUGAACAGUGUGAACUCUUUAAUUUCUGUAAUUCCCAACCUUGCUUAAAUGGUGGAACAUGCGAAAACAGGCCACAAGGAUAUAUCUGUGACUGUGUUGAAGGAUACUUGGGUAAACGUUGUAAUCUAGGAGCCUGUCCUGAAAUCGAUGCUGAUAAAGUCGUCCAACAUAAUGGAACAUGCUACUAUCUCUUUGGACACGGUAAAACUGACAGUAAGUCAUAUGAAGGUGCAAUGAACAGAUGUUGUAGUCUGAAAGGAAAUGUAGUCUGGCUGGAAAGUUCCUAUGAAUUGAAUUACGUUGCAUCACAUUUACUUGAUGGAAUGGUUUCCCAUACUGAUACAUGGGUUGGCGCCAAGAAAGUGCACAGCCAUUUCGAAUGGAUCUCUUGCGGAACACCUUAUAAACAUGUGAAGAACAACCUUUGGUAUUCAGAACACCCCAAACCCUCUUCUAGUGUUGCUUUCAUUGGGAAGAGAGCAGAUGGAAGCCAUCUUUACAGCUCCUGUGCCAAUAAAGAACUCAAGCCUUACAUCUGUGAGAUCUGUGCCCAAGGAUUUUUUGGUGAUAUGUGCCAGUCAAGAUGUCUCCAUUGCCGAGAUAGCGUAGGAUGUGAACCUCGUACUGGAUAUUGUCGCUUUGGAUGUCUUGACGGAUGGACAGGUGAAAGAUGUAAUGUUAAGAAAACAGGUUGUGAUACCAAAACGGGUUACAGAUAUCAUUCUAUGAAGAAGCAUUGAUGUAAGCAGAAUGAUGCGGAUAACAAAGAAUGAAUGAGAUUAACUAACAGAUUAAACAUAUAAAUGAUUAUAUAAUGAACUACAGUCAUGCAUACAUA